AUGGCCUCCGUUGCCCUCAGUCGAUCGAAAGGGAGUCGGGUUCAGAUCCCCGAAUGCGGAGUGGCGGAGACAGUAGGCAAGAAUUGCAAGCUAAAUCCUCCCGACAAAUAUAAGAAAUCACCACUGAUACAGGCAGUACAGCACCAGCACAGAGAUUGUGUGGCUAUUCUGCUGGAGCAUGGUGCCAACCAUGACCACAGAGCUGCUACUGGUAACACCGCCCUUCACUUUGCUGUCCUGGUGUCUAGCAAAUCUCUAGUGGAGCUGUUACUUGAGCAUGGGGCAGAUAUUGAUGCUAAGAAUGAACUGGGAUACACUCCACUUACUCUUGCCAUCACUGAGCGUUGUAAAGGGAUGAUCGAGUUCCUUCUUCAAAAAGGAGCUGACGUGAAUGCUACAGAUAAUCAUAAAAGGACCCCCAUGGAAGUUGCUGCUGUUCUUAAGGAUAAGGAUACAGUAGAAGUUCUUCUUCGCAACGGCGGUGUUAGGGUGCAUGCUGGAGGCAACUGGCAUAAA